CUAAAUAAAUUUGUUUACGUCACGUGAUGUGGAUUUUUCCGCGGAUUUUGGUGGCUGCACGCUUACCUGACACACCACUGACCCAAAGACAGUGAGAGAUGCCUCCAAAGAAAAACGCCAGAGGGAGUAAAAGCACAGUAAAUUCAGCCAAAGAUGACCACGGUGAAACAGUCUCUGCUGCUAAGGAAACAGUCAGCAGGAAGAGGAAAGCUGCAGCUUCUGUUGAGGCUGGAAAUAAGAAAAGCAAAGAAUCAUCUAGUCCCCCACAGUACUGUCACUGGCUGAUGAAGUCUGAGCCUGAGAGCCGCUUUGAGAAUGGGAUCGAUAUGAAGUUUGGGAUCGAGGAUCUGAAGGCUUUGCCUAAUCAGACCAGCUGCUGGGACGGCGUCCGCAAUUAUCAGGCACGAAACUUCAUGAGGCAGAUGAAAGAAGGGCAGUUGGCUUUCUUUUAUCACAGCAACUGCAAGGAACCAGGGGUAGCAGGAAUCAUGAAAAUUGUGAAGGAAGCAUAUGUGGACCACACCCAGUUUGACAAGAAAGACGCCCAUUUUGAUGCAACCAGCAAACCAGACAACCCCAAGUGGAGCAUGGUUGAUGUCCAUUAUCAAAGAAUGAUGAAUCGUUAUAUUCCUCUGUCUGAGCUGAAAAAGUACCACCUGCAGCAUCGUGCUAAAGGAGGGCCUUUAAAGGACAUGGCGCUCUUUACAAGGGCCCGACUGUCUGUGCAGCCACUCACCAGUGAGGAGUUUGACUUUGUCAUGAGUUUGGAGGACAAAAAGCCACUGUGAGGAUUUGGACCACAUGAUGCUUCAUGAUGGGGUGAAAUUAUGAAGCAACAAUUUAGUGCACUGUCAUACCAUCACCCAAUGAUUAUAGAAAAUGUAUUUAGUCCACAUUACUGUAUUUCUUUAUACUUUUCUUGUUCAUAAAUACUAUUGAAUGUGUUUGUCAAAUCAUGGCUCAGAUCCACUUUUUACCCACAGCAUACCUCUGAAAGAUAGUCAGCUUGCUUUUGUAGGACGUCAGCCACUGUUGAUCAAAUAUUGACUGGAAAUAUUCUUUGGCCACAAGGAAUAACAAUCAUGAUGAGAAUUAAUGGCCGUCAAAAGAUAACUAUGCUAGAGGUUUCCCAUUCUUUUUUGCACUGUGGACCAUUUUUCUACUGACAAUCUUGUUACAAUCAGCUAUAUAUACUCUGUAUAUCAUUGUGGUCACACACUUAAAAAAACUAACCUCUCAGUAACGCAUGUAGUGUCCUCACACAAGCAUUUAUAUGCGGUAUAUAAACAUUUUAAUAAAUGGUUUUUAACACACUACAAUAUGGUUAAAGCAGAUUUAAGAACAUUUUAAGUGUUUAGAAUUUGUCAACAAUUGUUACUUUUCCUAUGAAGACAUUUUAUAUUAUUACAACUGAGUUUUACAAUGUUGUCAUUCAUUAUCUGUUUAGAUAUCGCCACUUAUGGGUACCCACAGGAGGAGUUACAGUUGUUGACAAGGACAUUAAUAAACACUUAUAUUGGCUUACAACUACACUAGUGUUUUUUAAACCAUUUAUUAACGGUUUAUAUCCUGCUUAUAAAUGCUAAAUAGGACUUAAAAUGAAGUGUUACCCUUUAGUUAAAUCAGAAUAUUGUUGGUGUGGUGACAGGAAGUGAUGAUGAUUACAGCACAGAAUGUGUAAAGUAAGUUCAAGGUAAUUACUGCAAAAAACACCCUGUAGAAUCUUAUAAAGUUAUGUAAUAAUUAUUCCAAUUUUUUGACAAAUCCUAUAAUUUCCUUGCUACCAAAUGUUCUGAGGCACAGUACCAGCCCACUGGUUGGGAACCUCUGGUCUGUACUAUUAAAGAUGUUAUCCAUUAGAUCCUAAUUAUUUUUAAAUGACCUGACAUACAUUCCAGAUUUGUGAUGUUUAUAAUGUAAUUGUUCAAAGUGUCAUUAAAGUUUUGAUAGAGUCAGUUUUCAAA